UCCCUUGCGUAAGGCAAGCCACAUUUUCUCGGUUGUUCUUUUUUUUGCGUAACAGUUCUCCGGUUGUCUUUCUACAGUAGUUUUCAACAGAAGAGGGAUAUUUCUGCCGGGAUCAUGUUUUCUCCGUCAACUUUACAGCCACAGGUUGUGACAGCGCUGACACAGUUUUCGUCACUUCUAAAUGGAGCUCGCAUUUCCUCAAAAGAAAGUUGGAUAGGUAACAAUCACCGCAAAAGUUGCCAGAGAAAGAACAGGACACAGGAUGAUAAACAUUUAGAGACAGAUAUCAGACAGAUGGAACAGUUAAUCAGUUUACUGAAUCUGGAGCACCUGCCGAGGAAUUUGUCGUCUGUAGAAUUAUCUCCGCUGGCCAUGCAAUCAAGUCACCUUAAGCCAGGGAGGCAGACAAUACAGAGUUAUGCUUCCUCCCCAACUUUUUUUGAAAAUAAAUAUGGGUUUGAAGAAGCAAGUUUUGAGAGAGCUGUACAUGCAUCUAGGAUCUGGGAACCCAAACUUCUACUUAGACCUCAAGAAUUAAGACACACACAGAUUCGAGGAUUUCACAUCCGGCGUGACACGGGGACAGACACAGGGAGACAGGACCUGAGUGAUAUCAAAAAGAUCUUGACAAAUUUUGAAUCAAGGCUACAAGCAACCUUGAAGGACUUUGCAAGCUCUAAGACUAACACGAAUGCCGACCUGUUGAAGUCCCAACAGAUGCGGGGUCUGGAGGAGAAGUACCUGACCCUGAUAGAGCAGAUCAAGGAGGAGAAGAAGAAGAAAUCCAUGUCUCAGGUCCUCAACACGUUCACCAGCUAUCUACUGAGGCUGCUGCUCCUCGGCUUUGUCAUCACAUUCCUCUACCGGUCUACAAAGUUGUUGAACAACACCAAGACAUUCACCAUUGUAGACAAGGAAAGCAUCAAAGAAAAAUUUGAGGAUGUGCAGGGAAUGGAUGAAGCCAAAGAAGACAUGAUGGAUGUGGUUAAAUUCCUGCAAAAUCCCAGAAGUUUUACAGAAGUCGGUGCCAAGAUACCAAAAG